AUGCUGAAGGCGAAGAUCCUCUUUGUGGGGCCCUGCGAGAGUGGAAAAACCGUGUUGGCCAACUUUCUGACAGAAUCUUCUGACAUCACUGAAUACAACCCAACCCAAGGAGUGAGGAUCCUGGAAUUCGAGAAUCCACAAAUUACCAGCAACAACAAAGGCACGGGGUGUGAAUUUGAGCUCUGGGAUUGUGGCGGCGAUCCAAAGUUCGAGUCUUGCUGGCCAGCCCUGAUGAAGGACUCUCACGGAGUGGUGAUCGUCUUCAAUGCCGACAUCCCAAGUCACCUGAAGGAAAUUGAGAUGUGGUAUUCCUGCUUCGUGCAGCAGCAGUUCCUACAGAAUACUCAGUGUCUGUUAAUUGCACACCACAAGCCAGGCUCUGGAAGUGACAAAGAAAACCCAGCUUUGGCACCACCCUUGAACAAGCUGAAGCUGGUACACUCAAAUCUUGAGGAUGACCCAGAAGAGAUCAGGAUGGAAUUCAUAAAGUAUUUAAGAAGCAUAAUCAACUCAGUGUCCGAGAGCAGAGACCGGGAAGAGAUGUCCAUUAUUACCUGA